UGUCGAGGGCGGAGCCGAUGGCCGGGAAGUGUUGUUAGCGCUCGCCUUCCGGAUCGCGGCCCCAGCGGCAGUCGCCGUAGACUUCAGGGUGUUGCUAGGCCGCCGCCCGGCAGUCCGGCGAUUGGUUUCUUGCCCGGCCUCCCGGAGCUGUGGUCCGUGUGGGCUUCCACCUCAGACACUGGCGCCGGCUCAGCGGGGCCGGAACAUGGCCGCGUCGGGUCUGGAUCAUCUCAAAAAUGGCUACAGAAGAAGAUUUUGUCGACCUUCCAGGGCACGUGACAUUAACACAGAGCAAGGCCAGAAUGUUCUGGAAAUCUUACAAGACUGUUUUGAAGAAAAAAGUCUUGCCAAUGAUUUUAGUACAAAUUCUACAAAAUCAGUGCCUAAUUCAACACGCAAAAUAAAAGACACUUGUAUUCAGUCACCAAGCAAAGAGUGCCAGAAAUCACAUCCAAAGUCAGUUCCAGUUUCUUCAAGGAAGAAAGAAGCCUCUCUGCAGUUUGUUGUAGAACCAAGUGAAGCCACCAACAGAUCAGUUCAGGCCCAUGAAGUUCAUCAGAAAAUUCUGGCAACUGACGUUAGUUCCAAAAAUACACCUGACUCGAAAAAAAAGUCAAGUAGAAACACAAAUGAUCAUCACAGUAAAGCUGAUGAAGAAUUUUACUUAUCUGUUGGCUCACCUUCUGUUCUUUUGGAUGCAAAAACAUCUGCAUCGCAAAAUGUUAUUCCAUCUGGUGCCCAAAAGAGAGAGACUUACACUUUCGAAAAUUCAGUAAAUAUUCUGCCUUCAAGUACAGAGGUUUCAGUUAAAACCAAAAAAAGGUUAAACUUUGAUGAUAAAGUUGUGUUAAAGAAAAUAGAAAUAGAUAAUAAAGUAUCAGAUGAAGAGGAUAAAACAUCAGAAGGACAAGAAAGAAAACCAUCAGGAUCAUCUCAGAAUAGAAUACGAGACUCAGAAUGUGAAAUUCAGCGACAAGCUAAAAAAAGUUUUUCAGCAUUGUUUUUAGAAACAGUAAAACGAAAAAGUGAAUCCAGUCCCAUUGUUAGGCAUGCGGCAACUGCUCCACCUCAUUCGUGUCCUCCCGCCGAUAUGAAGUUGGUAGAGGAUGAAUUUAUAAUUGAUGAGUCAGAUCAAAGUUUUGCAAGUAGAUCUUGGAUUACAAUACCAAGAAAGGCAGGGCCUCUGAAACAACGCACAAUAUCCCCGGCUGAGAGCACUGCACUCCUUCAAGGUAGAAAGUCAAGAGAAAAGCAUCAUAAUUUAUUACCUAAGACUUUGGCAAAUGACAAACAUUCACAUAAACCUCACCCAGUAGAGACAUCUCAGCCCUCUGAUAAAACAGUGCUGGAUACAAGUUAUGCUUUGACAGGUGAAACAGAAAAUAAUUACAGAUCUACAAAAUAUGAAAUGUAUUCCAAGAAUGCAGAAAAACCAUCUAGAAGCAAAAGGGCUAUAAAACAAAAACAGAGAAGAAAAUUUAUGGCUAAACCAGCUGAAGAACAGCUUGAUGUGGGACAGUCUAAAGAUGAAAACAUACAUACAUCACAUAUUACCCAAGACGAAUUUCAAAGAAAUUCAGACAGAAAUAUGGAAGAGCGUGAAGAGAUGGGAAAUGAUUGUGUUUCCAAAAAACAGAUGCCACCUGUGGGAAGCAAGAAAAGUAGCACUAGAAAAGAUAAGGAAGGAUCUAAAAAGAAGCGCUUUUCCAGUGAGUCCAAGAACAAACUUGUACCUGAAGAAGUGACUUCAACUGUCACGAGAAGUCGAAGAAUUUCCAGGCGUCCAUCUGAUUGGUGGGUGGUAAAAUCAGAGGAGAGUCCUGUUUAUAGCAAUUCUUCAAUAAGAAAUGAAUUACCAGUGCAUCACAACAGUAGGCAAAAAUCUGCUAAGAAAACAAAUCAGUCAUCUAAGAAUAUUGGGAAAAAAACUAUUCCACUUAAAAGGCAGAAGACAGCAACUAAAGGCAACCAAAGAGUACAGAAGUUGUUAAAUGCUGAAGGUUCUGGAGGUACCAUUGGUCAUGAUGAAAUUUCCAGACGUUCACUGAGUGAGCCAUUGGAAAGUGAUGAGGCAGACUUGGCUAAGAAGAAAAAUCUUGAUUGUUCUAGAUCUACAGGAAGCUCAAAGAAUGAAGAUGAUAUUAUGACUGCACAGAAUGUUCCCCUAAAGCCUCAGACCAGUGGAUAUACAUGUAAUAUACCAACAGAGUCAAACUUGGAUUCUGGAGAGCAUAAGACUUCAGUUUUAGAGGAAAGUGGACCUUCCAGGCUCAAUAAUAAUUAUUUAAUGUCCGGAAAGAAUGAUGUGGAUGAUGAGGAAGUUCAUGGAAGUUCAGAUGACUCAAAACAAUCUAAAGUGAUACCAAAGAACAGAAUCCAUCGCAAACUAGUAUUGCCCUCCAACACACCAAAUGUUCGCAGGACCAAGAGAACACGUUUGAAACCUUUGGAGUACUGGCGAGGAGAGCGAAUAGAUUAUCAAGGAAGGCCAUCAGGAGGAUUCGUGAUUGGUGGAAUACUAUCUCCAGACACAAUAUCGUCUAAAAGGAAGGCAAAAGAAAAUACUGGAAAAGUCGACAAAAAAUCUAAUAAGAAAAGGAUCUGUCUUGAUAACGAUGAAAGAAAGACUAACUUAAUGGUAAAUCUAGGUAUACCUCUUGGAGAUCCUUUGCAGCCAACGAGGGUAAAGGACCCAGAAACAAGAGAGAUUAUUCUCAUGGAUCUUAUAAGGCCGCAAGAUACAUACCAGUUUUUUGUUAAGCAUGGUGAGUUGAAGGUCUAUAAGACAUUGGAUACACCCUUUUUUUCUACUGGGAAAUUGAUAUUAGGGCCGCAAGAAGAAAAGGGAAAGCAGCAUGUUGGCCAGGAUAUAUUGGUUUUUUAUGUUAACUUUGGUGACCUUUUGUGUACUUUACACGAAACACCGUAUGUAAUAAGUACUGGGGAUUCGUUCUAUGUUCCUUCAGGUAACUAUUAUAACAUCAAAAAUCUCCGGAAUGAGGAAAGUGUUCUUCUUUUUACUCAGAUAAAAAGAUGAAAGAUCAGCCAACCUUAAAUAUAUGUAUGUAUAUAUGUAUAUGUGAGAAACAGUUUGUAUAGUUGGGAUAUUUGUCUUUGUAAUUACUUGUGAUGUUUUAAAAUAAAAAUUUUAUUCAUUUUUGUGUAUACUUGUAUUUGAUAAACAUUUCUAACUCCCACGUUUUUUCUGAUUUUUCAGUGACUGUACAUAAUAGCUUGUAGCGAUGCCCAUAUUUAUGAUAUUAUUUUUAUAAUUUGACAAGAAUACAAAAAUGAAAUAUAGAACAUUUCUGUGUCAAAAGAGACCUGAUUAAUAUGUCUAUUCAUUAAAAAACAUCUUUUCCAAAUACUAAUUUUAAAUCAUUUAUUAUUAAAUAAUCCAAUGGGAGAGAACUGUGGUAAAAGGCACAUUUGUAUUAAUUUCCUAGAACUGCUGUAACAAAAUACCACAAAAUGAGUGACUUAAAGCAACAGAAAUUUAUUAUCUCAGUUCUAGAGGCUAGAAGUCUGAAAUCAAGGUGUUGUCAGGGCCGUGAUGUCUUUGAAAACCUGUAAGGGAGAGAAUUCUUCCUUAUUCCUAACUUCUGGUGGUUUACUGGCAAUUUCUGGCAUUCCUUGGCUUGCACCGGUAGCAUUUCAGUCUACUUGCAUUAUCACAUGGUAUUCUCACCUUGUGUGUCUGUGUUCGCAUGACAUCUAUUUAGUAUAUUACAUGUAAAUGUUUUUCCAUCGUGCUUUUUGGUUCAUAUUUUCUGUUGGAGGCAGUGUCCUUCGCCAUUGCCUUCUGUAUGUGGCCUCAACUUCACCUUUUUAGUAUCAAUCAAUAAAUCUAAGCUAAAAAUUCUAGUCAAGGUUUUUGGUAUGGUUAGCAUAUAAUUCUCAUUAACUCUGAAGAAAUUGAUGUUUCAUGGUAAAUUAUUUUUAGGCCAACUCCCUUUUCAGGUCUUAACUAUUAAAUACACACAUUCAAAGCAACUCUGGUGUAGGACUUAGGAAGAAUGAAGUGUGAUGGCUCUUUUUUUAUACUUUAUAAUUUUCUAUUGUGAUUUUUAUUGACUCAUUUUAAAUUUUUUUACCUUUAUUUCUUUGAAUAUAUUUGUUAUGAAGUCUUAUUGAAGGCUUGACUAAUCAAGUAUCUGGGCCCAUACAGUUGUAGUUUUCACUGAAUGCUUUUUUUCCUUUAGUAUAUUUCGCUUUCCUAUGUUUUUACAUGUCUAAUAAUUUUUGGUUGACAGCUGGACAUUUUAGGUAGCAUAUUGUAGCAACUCAAUUUUGUUUUAUAUCUAAGGGAUUUGUAUUGUUUUAAGUUUAGCAUUUUGACUGGACUCAAACUGUGGAAUCUAUCUUAUAUGUGAUGUGAAGUUAUUGCUGUCUGUGCUCAGUUUUUAAGUUCUUUAUUUCAAUAUUUAUUCUCGCUUGCUAGGGGUAGUUCCUGUGUCUGCAUAGCUUAGCAGUCAGCCAAUCAUUUGGACAAAGGUUAAGAUCAAACACUUGAGUCUAUAAGCCUUCCACCCACUGUUGGUUGUUCUGUGUGGGAUGCGGGAUGCAUUCAGUGAAGGAGGCAGUUCCCAAAUCCCCCUUGGUUUUUCCAUUUGCCGUGCUCUCUUGAGUCUCCCCUGUGCAUGCAUCAUUUCGGUUUGCCAAAGAUGUUUGGAGAGCUCGUGUUACCCUUCUCUGCCCUUCUGUUUCCAGGACCUUGUUAACUUUCUGGCUGCUCUGUUGCUCUUCAAGAACUAGGACUGUAACCUUUGGUUAGCAACUGCAGAUACUUCUUGUCCAUUCCUGAGUGAUUUUUUUACUUUUGACUUACAGAGUUGUAGGUUUAUACCUCUGCUGUAAAUCAAGGCUCCUCUUACAGCAAAGUUGCUAGUUUUUCAGUUAGCUACAGCCAGACAAAACUAGUUUUUACCAAUCAACCUAGGGGUGGGUGAGACCUCACUCAAGAAGGCCACAGAUUCCAACAGUUCUUUUCCAAAGCUUUAGCAAUAUUUUUUCUUUAUUUUCUUUUUUCUUUUUUGGGGGCAGAGUUUCACUCUUGUUGCCUGGGCUGGAGUGUGAUGGUGUGAUCUCGGCUCACUGCAACCUCCACCUCCCGGGUUCAAGCAAUUCUCCUGCGUCAGCCUCCUGAGUAGCUGGGAUUCCAGGUGCUCACCAUCACGCCUGGCUAAUUUUUGUAUUUUUAGUAGAGACAGAUUUUCACCAUGUUGGCCAGGCCUGUCUCGAAUUCCUGACCUCAGCCUCCCAAAGUGUUGGGAUUACAGCUGUGAGCCACUGUGCCCAGCUUAAGUGUAGCCUUUCUAUGUCUAAACUGAAAGCCCAUAUGGUUCAGCAAAGGCUCUCCAUUCUGCUUGGUCAGAGCCACGUGUGAUUUUUGCCACCUCUGUACUCUGUUCAGCUCAUAGGCUACUGUCAUGUCUCAGAAUUUUGCUCUGCACAUUUGCAGCCUACUGUUCAGCCAACUGUUCAGCCAACUUCUAGGGCUAUAAUGGCUGAUACAGUAGUCACAAGUUGUAGCUAUUUAAAAUUAAUUUAAAAUAUUGUUUCUUACUUGCAUUUGCCACAUUUCAAGUGCUUAGUAGCACAUGGUACUGGUGGCUACCACAUUAGAUGUCACAGAUACAAGUUGCAGAAAGUUCUGUUCUUGGGCACCUCAUGCAGAUUUCUGGAGCUCUUUUUCAGUGGAGUUUCCACUUCUGUACCCUGCAUCACAAUUCAGUCUUCUUAACAGUCCUAAAUUGUGGUCUUUCUCUGCCCAUUAAGACCACUGUUCUUUUUGAGCUUAACUCUCUGUGUCCAGUUUUGGAGAGUGCCCCCAGGCAUAAAAUUGGGUGACUAUGGAGUUAAUCUCACGUCUUUAAAGAAUCACAGUCCUGCCUACUUUGUCCGGCAGCCCUCAUGCUCAUGAAGAGUCUUAAAGAAAGAGACUUCUACCCGGGCGCUGUGGCUCACGCCUGUAAUCCCAACACUUUGGGAGGCCAAGUCGGGUGGAUCAUGAGGUCAGGAGUUCGAGACCAGCCUGGCUAACAUGGUGAAACCCUGUCUCUACUAAAAUACAAAAGUUAGCCGGGCAUGAUGGCGGGUGCCUGUAAUCCCAGCUACUCAGAGGCUGAGGCGGGAGAAUUGCUUGAACCUGGGAGAUGACGGUUGCAGUGAGCCAAGAUCACGCAACUACACUCCAGGCUGGGCAGCUGAGCAAGACUCUGACUCAAAAAAAGAAAACAAAAGAAUCACCGUCCUUCACUUUUGUCCAAUGUCUGCAUAGAGUUACCUUUUUUUUCUAUUUUAAAGUUUGUUUGAAGAGGACAAAUUUGAUACCCAUUAAUCCAUCGUGGGCAUCACCCACGAGAGUUUUUUUAAUGAUUUUUCUAAUUUUUAUUGUUGGAUAGGAUUCCACAGUUUGUUGUUCAUUUAUUUACCACAUGGAUGCAUGUGUCUUUAAUUUCUUCCAAUGGUUACUUACAUCUAUGUAACUACAAUGCAGAAAACAGGAAUUUGGCAAGGAUACAAUGCAUGUGUAUAGUUCUAUUUCAUCAUGUGUGUGAAUUUAUGUAACUACUGCAAUCAACAUAGAACUGUUUCAUCAUCACUAUUUGUUCUUCGUCUCUGUAAUAUUGUCACUUAUAUAUUAUUGUAGCAGUGGAAUAAUAUAGUGUAUGACCUUUGGUUUUUCUCACUCAGCAUAAAGCCUUUAAGAUCAUCCAAGCAGUUGUACCUGUCAAUAGCUCAUUUCUUUUUUAUUGCUAAGUGGUAUUCUCUAGGAUGGAUGACUGUGCCACAAAUAAAGAUGAAGUGAACACUUCCUACAGGUUUUUGUGUAAA